AUGCCCGUGUACGCCGAGGGCUUCCGCCACCAGCGGAAUUGCCCCAAAGGAGAAGCCGAGAGAGCCCUGGCUGCUGCUGCCGGCGAUGAUUCAAGUUCUGAGACGGAGUCCGACGAAGUUUCGACGGAGUCGGACAGCCUGGGCGGGCGCGGCGAGCGGCCCAGAGCCAAACGCGCAGCAGCAAAGAAAGUCUGCAGCGACCGCCGCUGCUGCACUUGGUUUGACCUCGCCAACUGGUUUGGCUAUCUGCCUCUCGAGCUCCCGCCUGCAGACUUCGAGGCCUGCUUCACAGACGUAGCAAAUGGCGGGCCGGGGCUCUACGAAAAGCUGAUAGUUCUGGGCGGGAAGACUCUCGACAUAAUGUCGGAAAUGCACUUUUACGAAAUGUAUCCCGAAGUUAAAGACUUGCAUUUGCCGUCAGACUUGCGGGCUGACAAGGAGGCGCUGCGGCUGCUGUGGGCUCGCAAAAGAGCAGACAGAAUUACUUCUCUUUCGAGUUUGUUUCUUUUUGGAAGGAGCUACUUGGCGUUGGCUCAGAGCCUCCCCACGCGCCAAGCCGUGGCCAAAUACGUAAAGGCCUGCGUGGGCUAUUGCUGCCAAAGUGCAGACACAGAAAACCUCUACAAGUGGAUGCCCGUGCUAAUCGAGCACAUCUUUUGGACUCAGAAACUGAGGACAGAACGGAUGGCUGAAGAUAAUGCCAUACUGCAAGACCUGCAAGAGUUUCUGGGAUACAAGUUUGACCAUCUCAUUCCUCGCAUGAGAGAAUGCCUAGAAGGAACUUCUGUUCCGCAGCGGUCUGACGCACCCACGGGGCGCGAACUGAUUAAGUUGUAUGCAACUGACUACUUCACUAAAAUGUCGGAAGAAGCUGGCAUAGAACCUUCUCGGCGAAUUUUGUGGGUAGACCAAGAAGUGGACAACUUUCUGGCGGGCCCCGCAGUUCCGGCCUUCGCCAGCCUCUGCAUGAGCCUAGGCCCCUUCGUUGUGGCUGUAGAAGAGGGGGGCCCCACACAUGUCCAGACUUUCACAAACAUGUUUGAAUCUCUAGUGGCCGCUUGUUGGAUAAUUUCUACGGAAGAGAAAGUGAAGAUUUGGAUGCCCAGUUUGAUUCAAAGGCUGCGACAGACUCAGCUGCUGCUGCACAUGGCCCAAAUGGGUGACAAAUACUUCACCACCCGCGCAAAGCUGCGCCGGCCCGCGAAACACCCCAUAGACCCUCGACAAAUUGCAGCAGCAAACAACGCCUUUUUGGAUCCAUUUGCUCUGUGGAAUGUUGAUCCUUUGCGGCGGCCUUUGGCUGAAGCCCCUGUAGAGUACCCUCCAGGCCCGCUGUACUACCCAGCACCCAAGGGGGGGGUGCUGGAGGCCCCCUGCACUCCUUGUUGUUUUGUGCCGCGGCCCGCGCCUCGACCUGCGCCCUGUCGGUCUAAUAAAAAGGGAGUUACUCUAUUUGAUGCCGAAGAAAAUAAAUAUGAAUUUUACCCCCUGGGGCCGCAGGUGUUUCCUCCAUACCGCAGACGACAAAACCCAAACACGGCCUGCUCUACGCGGGACGGGAGUUCAGGCCGCGGGUGCUUCUCUACCCCCAGAAGCGCGUGGGGGCCUCGAGACAGAAGCAGCUUUGAGCCAGCUCGCGGCGACGACGUUUCUGUGCAAACGACAGCGGGUGGCCAUGGCGUUGACAGAUACUCCACCGUGGCCCCGACUUGGUCUCGUUACCCAUCGCAGCCACAGGCUGUGUCCGGGUCUUCCUGGCCCGCUCCACCUCGGCCUGGAAGUGUGCCUGGCCGGCCUUUGCCUGGAGAGGUGGCCCCUGCUGCUGCUGCUGCUGCUGCUGCUGAGCCCCGCGUGAAGAUUCGCUACGUGGCUGAUGAAGGGGGGCAAGGGGAUCAGCCGAAGACAAAUGUGGAAGUGUACGUCGAUGACGUCCUCGUGCACAACCGGCCUUUGCCAACAAACCAAGAAGUGGCGGGCACGGACUUUAAGGCUGUUCUCUGCACCCCCACUGGCUCUCCCGUGGUCUUGAAUUUCACAAGAAAUGGGGAGGACGGGCGUCCCACAGUGUACAUAACCGAGGGAAAACCCGUGCAGGAUGCUAACACCUUUUAUCUGCAAGGCUCGAGCUGGGAGGCCCCCACCUCUGCGGAAUGCGGGCCCUCACCGGGGGCCCCUAGGGGGCCCCCUUACGGCGAACGGGCUGCGGCGGAAGAGCCCCUCACCCCGCCAAGCUCAGGCUGCUGCUUUGCACCCACCUGCGGCCCUAGACAACCCAGUAUUCGUUACACAGAUUCAGAAGGCCCGGUGCCAGUAGACAUUAUGGUCAGUCCCGCCCCGCCCCCAGCAGCAGCAGCAGCUGCAGCAGCAGCAGCCAGGAGGUCGCGGAGUUUCCAGGAGCAACAGGAGAUUGAGCCGGUAGCCGAUACAUGCAUUCUUGGCAACUACUUGAAGGGAUGCAUGACUCCAACACGCAGUGCACAGACACCGCAUGACCAGCAGGUACGCCAGCAGGCGGUUUCCAGCUACACCGUCCCACGCAUUCGGGCCUACACCAACCGCUCGGGGGUUUCGGGCUAA